AUGAAUUUAUUUGAUAAUUAAUCAUUAGUAAAGAAUCUCGAUCUCUAUUGUAGGCCACAAUAUCGUAAAAGAACAUACAAGAAGGAAAGUAAAUACAAAGUUUAUUCACUAUCUAAAACUUAUAAAAAACUAAAACCUAAUAAUUCAUUUUAAGAAUUAAAAUAAGGUGCAUAUGAGGAAAAAUCUAUAAAUUAAAGUUGUCAUUGUAAUGAAUGUGGAGGCAAUAUUCGUAAGAAGCUGUUAAUUAAGAAUGAAAAUGAUUAAAAUACUAUUGAUAAGCCUAUAUAAAUAAAAUAUCAUGAAUUAGAUAAAACUCCUAAGAAUCAAGAAAAUUUACUUAAAUCCAGUGGAACUGCAUCCAUGUAAUACUUAAAUAAAAUUUUAGUCAUUCAACAAAUAAUAAUAAUAUUAUCAAAUCCAAAUUCAAACCUAUGUCUUCAAUUUUGUAGAUGGUUUAUGUAAAAAGUGCAAUAUCUAAACUUAUGCAAUCUAAUAAUAUAUAAUAAUAAUUGUUUCAAUCAUCUCCAAAUACUCUUACAGAUCUAACACCUAAAUAACAUAAUUUAAAGUAAUCUGAAUAAAAAGGACCCCAUAUUCAAUUAUUUGGAUAAAGAAUUAAAACUGAACCCAUUCUUUAUUAAUAAUAGAUUGUAAUCAAAAGAUAAACUUUUUAUUAUCCUCGUGUAUCAAAUAUUACUAAAUUGGGAGCAUCAAACCCUUUGAACUUUUAAGAUAUUUUUGAUAAAAAGCCAUCAAAAUUAGCUCCUCUUACUAGCAGAUACAAAUCUCCUUAAAAUAAUAAACAAAGAACAUUAUCCUAAAGAAUUUAAAGCACAUAUUUCAAAAAUAUUGACUAAAAAUUGAAAAAUAGCACUAAAAAAUGA